CAGCGAAUGCUGCCAUGUGGCCAGUAUAGAAGGGAUGAGUCAUGUCACGUGUUCAGGGUGUCAACUGGAAGUAGUACCGCAGAACUUACCGACCAACACAGUGAUGUUGAAUCUACGGAAUAACCAUCUUCGUGCUCUAUAUAGAAGAUAUUUCUUAAAACUUCCUACGUUAAAAACACUCAUCCUUUCAAUGAAUGCAUUAUCCGUAAUUUCGCCUGGGACAUUUGACGAUCUUGUGAACUUGGAAUACUUAGAUAUAUCUGAGAACCAUCUAACUGAGUUUUCAAUUGAAUCUGCGUUUUUUCUAAACUUGAAAAAUCUCAAAGUUUUGAACCUUCAAAUGAAUGAUUUCCAUUUCGGUAAAACAUAUCCUGAAAACGCAUUAUCCUGCAUACCGCAACUGGAAAGUCUCGUGUUAGAUAUUUUCGAAGGAUUUCAUUUUGGGAAUGGGUUUUUAAAUUUAACAAAACUAACUUAUUUGAAAUUCCACUUCAUCGGAAACGAAAGAAUUUCUUUUCUAAAUUCCUCUUUCCUUGGACUACAGCGAUCAAACAUAUCUCAUUUACAUAUCGAUUUUCCAAUUCGAAAGUUAGAAAUCAAUUUUCUAUCCCCUUUAAGUAAACUUAAAACACUUACAUUGAAUUCAGAAUCAAAAAUGACAAUCCAUGAUGUUCUGCGGUCACUGUACGGAUUGCGAGGAAGAACAAUGGAAUCACUCCAGUUGUCUUCUAAUUAUGUGAAACACACUGGCAUUGUUCAUUUGAUUAAGUCUGAUAUUUUACAUCUCGGCACAAUUUGUGUGAGGAAGCUUGAACUAGCAGAAAAUGGUAUCGGAACCAUAAGCCAAGAGGCGGUUUUAUCGUGGACAAGAAGGGAUUGUAUAGAAAUUUUAGAUCUUUCAAGAAAUCAGUCUUAUAACGCUCAAUUCCUUUUCCUAAUAAAUUUGUUUCCAUCCAUUACAUAUUUAUAUGUGUCAUACAUGGGUAGUGAGCCAUUACGGAAACGCAACAUUCAGUUCGAAGAACAUCGUAUUUUUUUUGUUCCUAUAUCAUUGAUUUACAUAAAUGCGUCCCAUUAUCCGAUCAUUAACGGAGUAAGUAAUAUUACAUUUGCGAAUAAUUCUAUUCAAAUUUUGGAUAUAAGUUUCCCCACUAAACAUCCGUCAUGCUCAAGUGGAUUUGUAGAAGGCCUAGUGCACAUGAAGGAAUUAGACUUAUCCGGUUGGGACUGCUCAAAUCCAAGAAUUGAGAUGUUUAGUGAAAUGCAAAACCUUUUGAGACUUGAAGCAAGUCACUGUAAGCUAAAGAGCACAUUGGAAUCGAACAAGCCAUCAUUAUUUAAAGGACUUUUUAAUCUGUCUUUCAUUGAUAUUUCGUCGAAUAAUUUAAAUCGCCUGAACAUCAAUAUAUUUAAAGAUCAAGUGGAAUCUCUUAAAAGUUUGAUUUUGGCUUGGAAUCAAAUGGAACGCCUUCCAACUGAGGUACUACAACGCCUCAGUGUCUUAGAAACGCUUGACAUAAGUAACAAUCUGAUAACGACAUUAAGGUCAUCAGAACUCGAUAUCCUGGACUCUUUACGCUUAAAAUCAAAUAAAUUCAGGAUCGAUCUUUUUGGAAACCCUUUAGUGUGUAGUUGUGACACUUUGGAUUUUCUUUCGUGGAUAAGCACGACCGAAAACGUGUACAACAAAGGCAUGUUAAAGUGUAUUAUGUCAGGAGGGACCCAAAUAAAGAUGGAAGAAUUCCUCACAACGUUUGAAGAGUUUCAGGAUAGUUGUGUGUCACGACUCUGGUUGAUCAUCAGUGUUGUCCUCAGCAUCACUUUAUUUGUUUGUGGUGUGUUUGCACGAGAAGCCUGGAGACGCAGAGUUUGGUUGCGUGUCAAGUGUCGACAACCUUUGGAACACAAUCAAUUCCAGUACGACAUAUUUAUAUGCUUUUGUGAUGAGGACUCUGGCUGGACAGCUAACACUUUCAUUCCAUGGUUGAACGAAACUGAGUUUGAAUAUUGCUUUGAUGAUAAAAGUUUUAAGCCCGGACGUGAUAUAGCUGAUAACAUAAUGGACUCAAUUGAUAGCUCUCGUCAAACCGUUUUUGUGGUGAGUUGCACUUUUCUGGAACGUGAAUGGACAAUGUUUACUAUGAAGUUAGCAAGUGUUUACUCUUUUCGAGAGGGACGGGAAAAUAUGAACAUUAUUAUUCUGUUAAACGAUAUAAAGAAGAGCGAAUUCCCAAAGCUCAUCAGAAUUAAUUGGGAUUUGAUUCGACCAUUACGUUGGCCAAACGAAAAUAACACUGAUAGGGAAAAACCAAAAGAACUAUUUUGGAAAAAGUUGUCGAGGCGUAUUAAACAGGAAAACACGAGUUCUUCGUCCGCAGAUGUUUGUGAGACCGCCAUGUAAUAUAUACAAUCAAUGCUUUAGUGCUGUUUACUGUCUUCAAACAUGUUGUAACGUAGAAUUGUACAUGUAUAGCAUAUGAAUGAGACGGAAUAACCAUAAUGAAGCCAAGUAACAGUGAUCAGGGGAAACCUAUGAUGAUAAAGGAACUAUUUUGGAAAAAGUUGUUUAGGCGUAUUAAACAGGAACAUCGGAGUUCUUCGUCAGCAUAUGUUUGUGAGACCACCAUAUGGUAUAUAUAUAUAUAUUUUCUUUAUUUAGUGUGAAACUUGCUGGACCCACUUUCUUUUGUCAACGAAUGUGUCCGUAAAAUU